CGGCAGACAACGAUAAGUUUUUAAGUCAGUAAAACAAAAUGGCGAAACAUCAUCCUGAUCUUAUUUUCUGUCGAAAACAACCCGGUGUCGCCAUUGGACGACUUUGUGAGAAAUGUGAUGGUAAAUGUGUUAUCUGUGACUCGUAUGUCCGGCCGUGUACGCUGGUGCGGAUCUGUGAUGAGUGCAACUAUGGCUCCUACCAGGGCCGUUGUGUAACGUGUGGGGGUCCAGGGGUGUCAGAUGCUUACUACUGCAAGGAGUGCACGAUCAUGGAGAAAGACAGAGAUGGGUGUCCAAAGAUUGUCAAUCUGGGAAGUGCAAAGACAGAUUUGUUCUACGAGAGAAAAAAGUACGGCUUCAAGAAGAGAUAGAACUGGAUGUGACUGGUGUUUGUGUGUGGUGUCCGUUGUCAUGUUGUCUCCUCAUUGACUCAUUGGCUUGUUUUUUUUGUAUGAUAUAAUGUCAAAAUACAACUCAUGAUUCCUCGAAUUCAA